UGUUGCCACCGUCCUCCAUCAAUGGCGAUUCCCUCCCUCUAAAUCCUUACAAGAAAUUUCUGCAAGAGAAGUUCAAAAAAGAAUGAAGAAGGAAAAGAUUAAAUCUUCUGCAAGAGUAUCUCAUCCUUCCUUCAUAAAUCUACUGCAGAAUUACAUACUGACUUGACCUCCUCGCUUCCUUUAUUCUUAUCUGAAAUCCCACCAAACUCAUUCAAGUUUCAGGGAGAAGCAGGCGUACAAUCACUAGAAACAUGUACGAUUAUCAGGAGAUGGAGAUAUUCGGGAUGGACAACGAUUUCGAGGGUGGCCAAUGGAUAAACGGGGAGUUUUACUACGAGAAGCGCAGGCAGAAGCAAAAGCAGACUAGGGAAGACGUCCUCUACGGUAUUUUCAACGCCGUCUCCGACUCCGAUUCCGACUACGAUGGAUCCUCUUCCAAGAAACGUCGGAAGGACCGGGAUUUUGGCCGGAAGGCCGACUUGACGAAGCCCGUAAGCUUUGUCUCCACAGGUACGGUAAUGCCCAAUCAGGAGAUUGAUAACAAUUCUAGGGAAGAGAUCCGCGAUGUCAGUGGUAAUAACAAUAAUAAUAGAAAUAGUAACGACGAUAUGUUUGUUGAUUUGGACGAUGAUGAUGGUAGGAGUGGGAGGGCUGGGUUAGGAAUAUCGUCUGGAUUAGGGUUUAACAAUACAAACUCCUUUGCGAGACAAUAUCAGGGUGAAGAUGAUGUGGAUGAUGAGGAUAGUUUGUUAUCGGGUGCUUUUGGAAGGAAGAUUAAGGAGGGGGCGGAGAAAAGGAGGGAGAGAGCCAAGCAGGAGAAGAAGAGCCAAGGGGGUGCUAAGAAGGAAGUCGCGACUGGGGAUGUGGGGGUAUUCGAGAAGCAUACCAAAGGGAUUGGGAUGAAACUGCUUGAGAAAAUGGGGUAUAAAGGAGGUGGACUUGGGAAGAAUCAACAAGGGAUUGUUGCGCCCAUUGAGGCCAAGAUGAGACCCAAGAACAUGGGAAUGGGCUUCAAUGAUUUCAAGGAGACUGGCACCAAGAUGCCUGGUUUGCAGCAACUAGAGGAGGAGAAGAGUGUUAGUGUCACUGUGAAUCAGCAGCUACCAACUAAGAAAGGGAAAGCUCGUUGGAAGAAGAGAGGGAAGAAAGAGGAGACUUACAUUACUGCUGAGGAGUUGUUGGAAAAGAAGCAAGAGCAGGGUUUCGGUGGUGGCCAGACAGUGAUUGAUAUGCGGGGGAGGCAGGUGAGGAUUUUGACAAAUUUGGAGAAUUUGGAUGCGGAGGAGAAAGCUAGAGAAAGUGAUGUUCCAAUGCCUGAGCUGCAGCAUAAUUUGAGAUUGAUUGUGGACCUGGCAGAGCAUGAAAUUCAGAAGAUUGAUAGGGAUUUGAGGAACGAAAGGGAGACAGUGUUGAGCUUGCAAAAUGAGAAGGAGAAACUGGAGAUUGAGGAAGCACGCCAAAGAAAGCAGUUGAAUAACAUGGAGCAUAUUGUCAGCGAGUUAGGCCGAAUUGAGGAGGAAAAUAUGUUAGGAACCUUGACUUUGAAUUCUCUUGCUGCACGUUUCAGUAAUUUGCAGCAUAAUUAUCCCGAUGAUUACAAGCUUUGUAACUUAUCAUGCAUUGCUUGCUCGUUUGCUUUGCCAUUGUUUAUCAGGGUGUUUCAGGGUUGGGACCCUCUUCAAAAUCCAUCACAUGGAUUAGAUGUAAUGCUGUUGUGGAAGAAUGUAUUGGAAGCUGAGGAUGGUUACGAAAUAUUCUCUCAUCCCAGUGAUGCUUCUGCAUACACUAUACUGUCCCCUUGCAACACUGUUUUUGAUCCUGUGAGUUGGGAACAAUUAAUGCGCAGGUAUAUUGUUCCAAAGUUGCAGCUUGCAUUGCAGGAAUUUCAAAUCAAUCCUGCAAGUCAGAAGCUGGACCAGUUCUAUUGGGUCAUGUCCUGGGCUUCUGCCAUUCCUAUUCAUAUUAUGGUUGAUUUGAUGGAGAGGUUUUUCUUUACUAAGUGGCUGCAAGUGUUGUACCAUUGGUUGUGCUCAAAUCCGAACUUUGAUGAGAUCAACAACUGGUAUAUGGGAUGGAAGGGACUUCUUCCACAAGAGCUUCUGGCAAAUGAAAGUAUCCGGAAUCAGCUUACCCGCGGUCUUGACAUGAUGUUACAGGCAGCUGAAGGUGUGGAGGUGGUGCAACCUGGUUUAAGGGAAAAUCUCAGUUAUCUUAAGGCUCAAGAGCAAAGACAGUUUGAGGCUCAGCAAAGAGCAGCUGCACGCGCUCAGCCGCAAGCUGCUGCUCAGAUGGAUGGUCUUCCUGAGAUGAGUAUAAAGGAAGUUAUUGAAACCUAUGCACAAGAGAAUGAACUGCUAUUUAGGCCUAAACCUGGCAGGAUGCAUGAUGGCCAGCAAAUAUAUGGUUUUGGAAAUGUGAGCAUAAUAGUGGACUCCUUAAAUCAAAAGGUGUUCGCACAAAAAGAGGAGGGCUGGUUCCUGGUAUCACUUGAUGAAUUGUUGAAGAUGCAUUAUAGUUCUCUUGCUAGAAGACACUGAAAGUCAGUGAGUUGGAGUAAAUCUAAGUAUGAUGAGGCUUUAGGGAUUAUGUAUAAAGAACUAAAAUAACCAGUUUUUUUGUUUUUGUUGUAAAAGAAUUGUAGUUUAAACUUAGAUUGUUGCUGAAAGAAUGUUUGAUUAAUGAAAGUUUGAACAGUUUUGUACUU